UGAAGCUCUGCAGUAGCCAUCAUCGGAGAGAGGUUGCCCCAAACAAGCUUUCUCUCUCUCUCUCUCUCUCUCUCUCUCUCUCUUUCUUCACUCUUCCUUCUUCUUUGCCUAAAUUUUCGAAACCCCUUUUGUUUUUUUCUUUCGAUUGAAUUUCAAGUUGGACCGAGCAAUCCGUAUUCUUCUUUCCCCCUUUCCCUUCGCUUCACCACUAAUUCUUCUCUCAAUUUCUUAAUUCAUAUCCCAAUCCUCUUUUUUUCUAUUUCAUUCUCUCUGUUUUGUGGCACUGGCAUUCCGCUGUUUUUGGAUUUUUUCUGUCUUCUCUUUUGUUCUGUUUCUGGGUUGUUUUUGUUUUUUAAUGCUUGCCUUCUGCACUGGAAAUCGAUAACUGGGUCGAUUUUUGUUUUGUUUUGUUUUUUCUUUUUUUUUUUUAAAUUUUGAUCUGGGUUUCUUCCGUCAUGAGUGCUGGAGGUGGGAAUCGCUUAAUCUCCGUUCAACCGGAUGAACUCAAGUUUCAGAUUGAGUUGGACAAGCAGAGCUUUUGUGAUCUUAAAGUUGCAAACAACACAGAACAUCAUGUUGCCUUUAAGGUCAAAACAACCUCGCCUAAGAAGUACUUUGUGCGUCCCAACACUGGUGUUGUACAGCCUUGGGAUUCUUGCAUCAUAAGAGUGACUCUCCAAGCCAUGCGAGAGUAUCCUGCAGAUAUGCAAUGCAAAGAUAAGUUUCUCUUGCAAAGCACGAUAGUCCCACCAAAUACUGAUGUAGAUGAGCUUCCUUCUGAUGCUUUCAAUAAGGACAGUGGAAGGACAAUAGAGGAAUGCAAGCUUAAGGUUAUCUAUAUUUCUCCUACAUCAGCCUUGGGGAACUCAGAAGAUGAAAAGAAUUUAUCUCAAAGCUCCUCUGCUGUACACCGUCUGAAGGAAGAGAGAGACAUGGCGAUAAGGCAAACACAUCAAUUACAACAGGAACUGGACAUGAUGAAGAGACGAAAAUAUCGGAAAGGCGAUCCUGGCUUCUCAUUUACUUUCGCAAUCUUCGUGGGGAUCGUUGGGAUCAUGGCAGGUUUCCUCUUGAAUCUCACAUUAUCUUCACCAUCUACAGAAUGACUUGGAUCAUGUUUCAGAUCCUGAGAAGACAAUUUUCUAGUCAAUUUCAUUGUAUAAUUUCUACUUCCCAAUUUUUGUACAUUAAGAAACGCUGCAAAUUUGUGGUCUUGAUGAUAACCUUAAUUUUUACAAAAUGUUGAUUUUUGUGUCAA